AUGCCGAGUUCCCGUCAGUUGUACUUUGGAUUAAAUCGCGAAAUCAGACGCGCCAACGUCCUUUGCCCGCUGAUAAGAAUGCAAAUCCGUCCUGUCCCACGGGGCGAUCAUCAACCCAAUUCUAUGUGGUUGGUACCCAGAGUCAUCAUUAAUAUGGAGUUAGUAGUACAUUAUAGACCUAAUCAAGACUGCUCAGAACUGUCAGAAAUAGCAGAAAGAUUGCUAGAAGACUUCCCUCAAAGAACACUACCAAGAUUCACACCAUGGUUUCCAAACAAUCUGCGAAGUUUACCAUUGAAGCCUCAGAAAAGUCCACCAAUUAUUUCAAAAGAAGAAGCAAAAAAAAUUGAGAAACAUUUGGUUGAGAGAGAAUUCAAAGCAGAAGCUCAAAAUUAUGAUUGUACCGAUAGUCUUCUGGAGUUUUCCACAAAUUUACAGAGGGAAAGUCCAGUAAUUCAGGUGGCUGCAGUGGAAUUUCUUUCAGAAAUUGGUUCGCGAUGUGGAAUUACAACUAAUGAAUGCAAAUCAGAAAGGUCCUGGAGUAUUGCAACACACAGCAGACAACGGAGAAACAAUACUUCUACAGUCAGUCAAAGAUUUCAGAUAAUCAAGGAAAAGUUCCAGCUGCACUCUUUUCAAAGGGCAAAAUGGGUCAUUGAUCAAUCCAAUUGUAGUUCUUGGAAACUGGAGGAAGUCUGGGCAAAACUGAGCAGUGUUAUUAAAUAUGGUGACCUUCCUGGUUGCAACGCUAAAAUACAUGCACAUCUUGGUCAAAUAUGGAUUUUCUGUGACCUUCUGUGCUGUGAAUAUGUUGGUAAUCUGAUUAAACAAGUAUUAAAUCUUACGGGUAAAAUUAGCUUACUUGUACGUGGACAUGGUAUUAUUUAUAAGUUGUAGCUAAAUGUUAUUUCAAAAGCAAACUGCUGUUUGAUGUUUAUGAAUUCCAUGAUACCGUCUAUGGACUUUAAAUCUAAAUUUGCAUGUAAUGCUGUAAAUUUGUAUGUAAUACUGUAAAUAUAAAUUUGCAUGUAAUGCUGAUUAAAUAAUCAGACUGUCUUUAAUUUUGGGGAUUUCCUUAUUUUUGGUCGCGGGUGUUGCUCUCUAUCCUCGGAGAAAAUAGCUGCUCAAAUUUCACUCCAGUGAUUAGGCACAAGUGCAGUAGUGAGGGAGGUUUAUUGUGAUUGGAGUGAUUUUUUUUUAAAUAAGACGUUAAACUAUUCAGUGAAUGCAAAAUAUUCUGCGACACUAUUGAAAGAUGAAUAAUGGAAUUCUGUCCAAUACUAUUACCAAUAUUUAAUCCUCAAACAACAUCAGCAAAACCAGAUAACUGGUGAUUAGCACAUUGCAAUUUGUGGAAUCUUGCUUUGUGCACAUUGGCCACUAUUUCUUGCAUCAAUUCAAUUGGCUAUUAAGUGGUUAAGGAUGUUCUGUCAUGAAAAGAGUUAUAUAAUUCUUUGUCCUGUUUGUAAAACAGGUCUUUUU